GUCCCACGUGUAACUAUAACAUUACUCUCUUUCUUAUCAAAACUCAUUUUCUUUUAUUGAUAAUUGAAUAAUCACAAGAAGAAAAAAGUCAUGUUUAUACUUACACCUUUGGCCUUUUGUCAUAUGCAGAAUGAGUGGAAGCAUUAGUUGCCACGCCAUUUUUCAAUGGCCUAAUAAUUUGUCACCGUCUUCCUCCUCUGGCCUCUUCUCCUUCUCCCUCUUAAAUCUCACCUGUCAAAAGUACUCGCAGUUCACAAAAUCCUCUCCUCGCACAAAUACUGUCAAUUAAUUUGGUAACUUUUCUAGAUGCACCUUAUAUUUGCUCCUGAGAAUCAAGUACCCUCAUACAUGAUGUCCAAAAUUGUCAUUCUGCUUUUCCAUAUCCUUCUCUAUUCAGAGUUGAUGCCUUCAGAAGCCCAAACUUGGGUCAAAUCAGGUUACUGGUACUCUCGCACCGGGUCUCCCAUUUCAGACAUAAACUCAGCCCUCUAUACUCACCUUAUUUGCGCUUUUGCUGAUGUAAACUAUUCCUCCUACGAGCUCUCUGUAUCAUCCAGUAAUGAGCAAUACUUCUUAACCUUCACAGACACUGUUAGACAAAAGAACCCAUCAGUCACCACUCUUCUUUCCAUUGGUGGUGCAGAGGCAAACCACACCACCCUUUCAAAUAUGGUCAGCAAGGCUUCUUACAGGAAAUCUUUCAUAGACUCUUCAAUAAAGAUAGCAAGGCUUUAUGGCUUUCAAGGCCUAGACUUUGGUUGGAAUUCGGCGAAUACUAGCUCCGACAUGACCAACAUGGGACUGCUAUUUCAAGAUUGGCGUGCGGCUGUGAAUUCUGAGGCAAAGAAUUCUAGCCAGAAAGACUUGAUUUUGACUGCUGCUGUUCAUUUCUCGCCAGAUUUAAAUUCAGUUUCUUUCCCUGUGGACUCAAUUCGGAGUAACUUGAACUGGGUCCAUGUUAAUGCUUAUGACUACCAUGCGCCCGGAUGGUCAAACUAUACCGGUGCUUCUGCAGCCUUAUAUGACCCAUCGAGUAACGCUAACACGGAUUAUGGUAUUGGUGCAUGGAUUGGUAGAGGCUUGUCUGCUAGCAAGUUGGUUUUGGGAUUGCCUUUCUAUGGCUAUGCGUGGACGCUAAAGAACCCCAAUGACAACGGAAUAGGUGCUCCAGCAACAGGUCCUGCUGCCAUUGCAAUUAAAGGUGGUGGAGCCAUCAGGUAUUACCGAAUCAAGAGUUAUGUUCAGAGCUAUGGGGCUGCUAUAAUGUAUAAUGCUACAUAUGUAGUAAAUUACUGCACAGUCGGAUCGACUUGGAUUGGCUUUGAUGAUGUUGAGGCUGUCAGAAUGAAGGUUUCUUAUGCCAGAGAGAAGAAGCUACUGGGUUACGUUGUGUGGCAAAUCCCAUAUGAUGAUAAUUGGGCACUUUCUUUAGCAGCUCAAGAGGAAGAAAAUAAUGGAGGACCCAAGUGGCGAUUAUUAGUGAUCAUUUUGACUACAACUGCUACCGUUGCUCUCCUGCUAUGCCUUUUAGUGUGUUACUUACGGACGAGAAAACUCAGAUCCAAAGUUAUAGCUAAAAAAUUAGAGUCCAAAGCUAAUAACAUAGCAGCUGCUGGAGAUUCAAAUAGCAGUGUUCCUAAUCUGCAAGCAUUUAGUUUAGCUGACAUUGAGGCAGCUACAAAUAAAUUUUCAUUUGAAAAUAAACUUGGAGAGGGAGGUUAUGGCCCCGUUUACAAGGGGGUGUUACUAAAUGGAAAUGAAAUAGCAGUGAAAAAACUUUCAAAAACAUCUACGCAAGGAUUUGAGGAGUUCAAGAAUGAGGUUAUGCUUACUGCGAAACUACAACAUGUGAAUCUUGUGCGAGUUUUGGGAUUUUGCAUUGAAAGUGAUGAACAAAUACUAAUGUACGAGUACAUGCCAAAUAAAAGCUUGGACUUCUACCUCUUUGACCCUAUUAGACGGGACCUACUGGAUUGGAAAAAACGUAUUGACAUUAUUGAAGGAGUAACUCAAGGGCUUCUAUAUCUCCAAGAAUACUCAAGAAUGAUAAUAAUUCACCGAGACUUAAAAUCUAGUAACAUUUUACUGGAUGAAGAGAUGAAGCCGAAGAUCUCAGACUUUGGCAUGGCUAGAAUUUUCAAGAAAGAUGAACACGAAGCAAACACAGAUCGGAUUGUUGGAACUUAUGGUUAUAUUCCUCCUGAAUACGCCCGAAAUGGUGUAUACUCCACUAAAUCUGAUGUUUAUAGCUUUGGAGUUCUACUUCUACAAAUUAUAAGUGGUAAGAGGACUGCUUGUUAUCAUGGCUUGGAUGAGAAUCUAAACCUCCUAGAGUAUGCAUAUGAGCUAUGGAAAGAAGGCAAAGGCAUGGAAUUUAUGGAUCCAACUCUAGAUGAUACAACUUCAUCAUGUAAACUAAUUCGAUGCAUGCAAAUAGCUCUUUUAUGUGUUCAGGAAAACGCAAUUGAUAGGCCAUCAAUGUUGGAAGUUUCCUCAAUGCUAAAAAAUGAAACUAUAGUUGUGACAAAUCCCAAAGAGCCUGCUUUUUCAACGAAAAGAGAUGAAGGCGAUGAAAAAGACUCCAGAUUACAGGCUUUACAGCUAGAAAUUUGUUCAGUUGAUGAUUUAACAAUCACCCAAGUGGUUGCCCGUUGAAUGUGAAGGUCUUUGUGGAACAAACACACACAUAUCUAUAUUAUAUAUAUAUAAGCUGAAACAUAACAUUUAUU